AUGGAUGAUGAAAAUUAUGUCCAAGAUGAAGAAGAGGCAGAGGAAGCAAUCUCUCUCUGUGAUUUUCCAAUAACCAAUGAUCAAACUCAAUUCGAUGGAGUCUCAAAGUAUCAAGAACGCCGAUCAACCUCUGAACCCAGCGACUUCUUUGAGUUCUUCAACAAUCUCACCUCCGAGAUGUCUCAUGCAGAAGACAUCAUUUUCUGUGGCAAGCUCGUGCCUUUCAAAGAACAACCCCUUUCCAAUCAUACCCACAAAACCACCAAUGCCAGAGAUCAUAAACUGGCGAGCUUUCAGUCCCGCCGAUCCGAGUCAAUGUCCGAGUUGAAAUCCUCUCAAUCCAACAGUGCCAAGACCCGGGUCAUGCGCGCCAGCCGCUCCAUGGAUUACCAAAAGUUACACAGAAAUUUGAGCUCGAAUUCUACGGCUUCUGAGAUUCACCGGAACUCGUCUCUAAAGAGCUGCGGCAGCUACGAUGGUUCUGGGCAUAAGGUUUGGAAACCUCGGUGGUACGACUUGAUGUUCGGACUGGCAAAGUUUCCGCCGGAGAUGGAGCUGAAAGACAUGAAGAGCCGGCAGGUCCGCCGCACGCCAACGGCGAUGUUUCCGCCGUUGUACGACGGAGGGAGAUUUCCGGUUAACCGGAGCACCCGGAAGGGCUCAUCGUGGGGACUACUCAGGGUGCUGAGCUGCAAAGACCAUGCGAGUGUUGCUGUAACGGCGUCGUUUGGUUGCAUGCCCGGGACGUGA